CAGCUAGAUUCUGUGUGACACCUGGUUUCAUUCUAAGAAAUGUGCAUGUUAUAAACUUGUUUAGAUAUUUCUGAAUCGUUCCAGCUGUCGAGGCCGAUCCUUAUACAAAGUGACCCCUGGGAUAGUAGCAGUGGAAUUUCACAUGGAGUAGGUGCUGAAGAUUAUACCAGCCUUACAUAUACUGCCAUUUUUUAUGGCUUUGUAUUACUAAAGAAAAAGAAGUUCUAAUUAUGUCGAAAGCCACAAAGCGUAAACAUGUGGUCAAGGAGGUUCUCGGGGAUUAUGUUCAGCCCACUGAGCAUCAGAGUAUAGUUAAGGUUUUAGGAAGCCCUGGUAACAAUCUUCAUGAGGUUGAAACGGCUGAAGGGGAACGAUUUCUGGCUAGCAUGCCAACAAAAUUCAGAAAGAACAUUUGGAUAAAGAGAGGCGAUUUCCUUAUUGUUGACCCAAUAGUCGAAGGAGAGAAGGUCAAAGCAGAAAUAGCUUUUAUCCUGUAUAAGGAUCACCAAAGACUUCUACAAAAAGAGGGACUCUGGCCAGAAGGCUUUACUCAAGACAAAACAGGGCUUGUUGCCAAGGAGAAAGAAAGCAGCGGAAUCCAAAGCACAGAGGCGCAAGCAAAGCCACAAGGAGAAGACAGCGAAACAGACGAUGACAGUGGCCUGUUUGUUAAUACUAACCAUGUACAUUACGAAGACAGUGAGGAGGAGUCAGAAAGCGAAGAAGAUGAAGAAAACUGAGCUCAGAUAGCUUAAUAACUGAAAAACAUUUCAAAAGCGGAAUUACCUUUAAUCUUACAUUUUGGGGAUUAAAAUAUGGAUUUAUCAUCAUAACCGAAGGACCACUGAUCUCUGAAACCAGUAAGCACUAAUGAAACUUUAAUAAAUAUUGUUUGUAUUUUGCUUGUACUGAAUAAAACAUAUCCUUUAUGAAUGA